AUGUCGACUCCAACUAGCCAGAGCGGCGAAGAAGCCAUCACGCCCCGGCCACGAGGCCGCUGCUCCUUUCUGAGCGACCCCUGGACCCAAAUCAUCAUAGUCUCCUUCAUCUCGUUUUGCAACCCGGGCAUGUACAAUGCCCUCACUGGCAUGGGCGGAUCCGGGCAGGUCGACGGAACCGUGGCCGCCAACGCCAACGUCGCCACGCACGCCUGCACCGCCGGCGCCGCCCUGCUGCUCGUGGGCACCUUGUACCGGCACCUCGGCCCGCGCGCGUCGCUGGCCCUCGGCGGCUGGACCUAUGCCCUGUACGCCGGCGCGCUCCUGCACUAUACCCGGACCGGCAACGGAGCCUUUGUGGUUGCGGCGGGCGCGCUGCUCGGCGUCGGCGCCGCGUUUUUCUGGGUCGCGCAGGGGACCGUCAUGGUCACGUACACGACGGACCGCACACGAGGACGCGCGAUUGGCCUGUUUUGGGUCAUUUUCAACCUCGGCGGUGCGGUGGGCUCCCUGGCCAGCUUUGGCCUCAACUUUCGUUCCGAGUCGGCCACGGUCACGGACUCGACGUACAUUGCGUACAUUGUCGUGAUGCUGUUUGGAUGGGCCCUCUCAGGGCUUGUCGUCUCGGCCGAACAGCUAUCGGACAAGUAUACCGGCACCAGGAUGAUGAUGCGCGAGGCGAAGCAGCAGGUGACGUGGGCAAACAUGCGAGACACGCUGGCGGAAACGACACGAGUGGUGCUGAGCUGGAGGAAUCUGUGCUUGUACCCCAUGUUCUUCACCGCCAAUGUCUUUUACUCGUAUCAGCAAAACAAUGUCAAUGGCUCGACCUUUACGCUGCGAACCAGAUCCCUCAACGGGGCCCUGUACUGGAUGGCGCAGAUGCUCGGCGGCCUGCUCAUGGGCAUCGUCCUCGAUUCCGGCUACUUGCAAAGGCCAGCCCGCGCGCGAGCCGGCUGGCUGCUGUUGCUGGUGUCGGGCAUGGCGAUUUGGGGCGGAGGCUACCGCUUCCAGCUGUGGAACGAUGCGCGGAUGCGCCUCGGCCACAAGCAAGACAUCGACUACACGGACGGCGGCGUCUUUCUCGGCCCCAUGUUCCUCUACAUCUUGUACGGGGCGUACGACUCGUUUUGGCAGGCGUUUUGCUACUGGAUUAUCGGCGCACAGUCGCGCAGCGCCGUGGUCAACGCGGUCGUGGUCGGCGCGUACUCGGCGCUGAAGCCGGCGGGGGGCGCCAUGGCCUGGCGGAUCAAUGCGCAGGGGUACUCGGCCAUGACGCAGCUGGCCAUGAACUGGGGAUUGACGGUGGCAAGUCUGUUGGUGGCUGUUCCUACGGUUCUUGUCACUGGAAAAGAGCCUCCUCCUUCUGAGGCUGAUUCCUCUGUAGUGGAGGAGGAGGUUGGGGAAGAGAAGCUUUAG